UGCGACGGGGCGAGCCGUUUCCGUGCGUCUGGCGCUGUCUUCCCGCAGAAACUCCAUCGAUCGAAAGCGCGUAGCGCGGCCACGGCCAUUGUGUAAAAAGGACCCAUGACGCUCGGAUAGUGCGCGCUGAGGAGCGGACGCGUAGUUCCAAAUUCCUCUUGUGAUAUUAGAGACUGUGCCAAUAUUUAGAAACGAGGAAACGAAGCAAUUAAGAAAAUGGAGGACGACCAACAGUUUUGUCUCAGGUGGAACAACCACCAAAGUACGUUGAUUCAAAAUUUCGACACACUCCUCGAAAGCGGAACAUUGGUCGACUGCACCUUGGCAGCAGAGGGGAAAACUCUCAAGGCUCACAAAGUAGUCCUCUCCGCAUGCAGUCCAUAUUUUGAGUGCCUCCUCAGCGAACACUAUGACAAGCACCCAGUCUUCAUACUCAAGGAUGUUAAAUUCAAGGAACUUAAGGCAAUGAUGGACUAUAUGUAUAGGGGGGAAGUUAAUAUUUCCCAAGACCAAUUGGCAGCACUCCUCAAAGCCGCUGAGUCUUUGCAAAUUAAGGGCCUUUCGGAAAGUAAAACUGCUGGCAGUAGUAAAACUGAAUCCAGAGCACAGAAAACCGUCUCACAACCGAUAGCACGCGUUUCACCAUCGUUAGACAUUCCACACGCGUCUUCCGGUCUAACGAUAGAAAAGAACAAAGUUCCUAGGCAGAGUGUGGCACAAGGUCCUGUAGCAGAUUUACCAGAGGAUACGGCUAGUCCUCAAGGGUCGUCGAAGAGGCUCUGCUCGAGAGAAGGCUCACAAAGUCCAACAUCAAGAAAAAGAAAUAGGUUUCGGAGAAGAAGUUUGGGGGAAGAUACUAAUACGUUAGAAAUGCAAGAUGCAUCGAAUUCUAGUGACAUGCCUCAACAAAUGGGUGUACCGGCUCUUGGAAUCGCGCCUGUGACAGACGAGAAAGUGCACGCGGACUCGAUUGACUCUCUUGGCAGGUCAGCUUUGAUGACGCAGUUGACGAAACCCGCCGACGAGAUAUUACAGCCACUCGAAAAGUCCGAGACAAAUGAUAAUCUCAUCGAGCCAAAGUCUGAAUACCUAGAGGAAUCUGAGGAGUGUGUCGAAGACUUAACGUUGGACGACGAUAUGAACGAUCUAAAUGAUGUAGAGCAGGACAACAAUCGAGCUGGACCGUCCCACGACCCCACCCAACACCCCGCAAGCCUUGGCGCGUGGCACGUUACUGGAGACCGAAGUAACGCGGGGGGUGUCGUGGAUUUACUGAGAGGAGGCGGGACAGAUGAGGUGUUUCAAGCAGCUCAAGAGGCCGCACAACAGGCUCAACGCGACUCACAAGCGUUUCUACAAAUGUUACCGCUGCCUUGGCCGGACGGGACCUACUCAGGCGGCAGGAGCCCGAGGAGAACGAGGACUCGCUUCCCGUGUCCCCGAUGCCGUAAGAGCUACACCACGAAGAGCGCCGUCACGGCCCACUUCAAGUACGACUGCGGCAAACCGCCGCGCUUCGAGUGCCCGUACUGCGGCAAGCUUAGCAAAAAGAAGUUCAACAUCCAGGAUCACAUUAGGCACAAGCACCCGUCGAAGCAGGUCAUCUGCAACACGCUCUUCUAGGACAAGUCCCGCGGCCGGCUACGGCGCGAGCGAACGACAACUUCCACGGGAACAUCGUUUCAACGCCUGUGAUCCGCCGCCCCGCGGAAGUAUUCCGCAUUCCCCCCUCCCCUGCUCAUCCCCCUCUCUCUCCCUCCUGACCUGAUAGACCAGCGAAGAUAGACAAGGAAUAUCUUCUCUUUUCUAGAUUUUUGUUCCUGGGGUUGCGUGCGAUCCUGAUAAAACGCCGCCCCUUUUGUACCUGUGUUUUGUGCAAUCGUUGAAUAUUAUAUAUGUAUAUAGAAUAUAUAAUAUUAUUUUUAUUCUCACGUAUCAAGAUGAAUUUGUGCAUUGCGUGCGAGUUGAGGAAAACGCUUGUAUUCGCUGAAUGUUGAAACAGAGAUUUGAAGAGAUUAGAUUUCUAGAUUUCCUUCUUGUUCAUCAUCUUGAAUCGUAGCGCAGCUUCUUGUUCCUUUCCUUCAUCUAGUUUUAAAACGUUUAUAUGUAUAUACGACUGAUUAUUAUAUUCUGUAUAGGAAUUUAUUUUCUUCUUGUAAUGCGGUACUUACGUAGUUAAUAUACUUUUUGAAUGUAGAUAUUUUGUGCUUCAGAUUGCGCAUCAUCUUAAAUUCAGGCAAGCGCAUGAAAUAGUUUGUUCGAGUUUCAAACCGCAUUUCGAAAGCAUAAAAUAAACUUUAUUGGAAAAUGAUGAGCUUCUUUUCAAAGGGAAUUUGAAUUUACACGAUCGCCGAUCUUCCAAAGUGACGAUAUUAAUAGGAAGAAAUUAUAUUGAAAUAAAAAUAGCCACGAUAUUCGAGGUGUAUUUUUUUCAUCUGCGAUAGAUGGAACAAUAUCAAAGAUAUGUCUCAUUAUUUGAGAACGUACUUAUAGUCAUGUAAAGCUAUCGAAUAUACGUCUGUUUUCAAGUUUGAAUAAAAGCAUUUUACCAGA